AUGGAUGCGAUAACAGAAUCGCCUGGACGAUAUCGCCCUGUGUCGCGCAAAUAUGAUACGAUAGACAAAAGAUAUAAGUUUUUUGAGGCGACUCGUGCUCAUCGGAUGCAAACAUAUUAUCCGUUGAUACAACUUGGUCGUUCCUCUUACUCAUCUACGCGACACAAGACUACCAAUCUGAAGUCCCAAGCUUCGACCGGAAGUGAAGUGGAUAUCAAUCAAUUUACAGCUGAUUCAGAUAGCGCGGCGGUAACAAUUAAUGACUUGUCGAAUGAUAUAUUAUUGACAAUAUUUGCUUAUUGUCAUCCGAUUGAUUUGAUCCACUGUUUCUCUUUGGUUUGUCACCGUUGGAAUUAUUUGGCGAAUCAUUCUGCUUUUUUCACCGAAGUUCGGGUAUUAGUUAACGAUAUUUCGUUGAAAUAUGGCAGUGUGAAAAAGUUUUUCCAUAGGACUUCGCAUUAUCUUCGGAAAUUGUGUAUUGAUUGUUCUGUACCAUUGCCAUCCGCCGAAGUGUACGCAUUAUUCGAAAUUUGUUUUCCUAAUGUAAUCCAUCUCGAUAUUGGCUCUUUUAAGGAAAUGAAUAUUUCACUGUUGAAAAAAUUAUCAUAUUGCUUCCCCAAUGUUGAAAUAUUACAUAUGGAUGCAGUGGAGCGAUGUUCCGCUUAUGAUGAUGAAUGUGAGGAGGAAUGGAAUGAAGUGCUGGAAAUGUUAUUUAAAAAUGAGAACAUUUUCCCGAAAAUGCGGAAUUUCUUCAUGGGUGAUGUAAGUCAGUACUGCGUGAAAGCCGAUGAAAAGUUAUGGGCUUGCAAACGUCCAUUAAACUUAUUGCGUGUUAAUAAUGGAGCAAUUAAAUUGAAUUUUGUCGGGAUCGGAACUUCUUCAUGGAAAUCUACACUUACUGAACUUCAUCUCGGAUAUUACAUUGAAAAUGAGGACUUUCAAUAUAUUGCUGACUUGCAUAAUUUGAAAGUAUUCUCAUUGGGUAUUUGUAUUUAUGUCCCUGAUGAAUUCAUCGCUCCUCUAAAGAAUUUAUACAAUUUGGAAGAACUACGGAUAAAUUGUGGCGGCGAAGAUUGUGAUCUUACCAACGAUGGGAUGAUUGCUUUAUUUACUUUACCAUGCAAACAUCCCGAAAAAUCAUUCCCGUAUAAACUCAAACAUUUAGAACUUGCCGAUUUCCAUGCCUGCAGAACUAAUCUUUUAGAAACUAUUAACCGGAAUUGCCCAGAAUUGAGAUCACUUGGUUUGCCAUACAAUAAAUAUAUGGACGAUGCAGCUGUACCAUUUAUUAUUAGUCAUUUCAAGCAUUUAGUUCAUUUGAAUUUAAGUAGACUUGGGGAUUGCUAUAAAAAUGAAGACUGGAAUAAUCUGGACGAUGAUGAUUUGCCAAAUUUAUUCUUUCUCAAACUUCAUGGAAAUCAGGUUAAUAUCGAAACUUUUCAAAGUCUAAAUGUGAAACGACCUAAACUAUUAAUUUCAACCAAAUGGAAUUAUUUGGUUAACUGGACUGAAACAGAUAAUGGUUAUAUUUUUCACGAUACCUUUGAUGGUGAUAUCAGAGCCAUAGAGAACGAUUUGCGCCAAAUCGAUGGUUUUUGUGAUAUCAGAAUAACUUCACCCUCAUUCAUUUAUAAUAGACGACAUGGAUCUGUGGCUCGCACAUCAUCGUUUCGUAGUUAUCCUUUUGCGUUUAAGGAAAAGGAACCAUUUGAAAUUUCCAUUCAUGAUCAUUCUGUAUAA